AUGUUAAUCUUCUUGUCUCAAUUGUAGUACUAGUGGACUUGGUUGUCUCUAAUAAUUGAUAAUUUAUGUUAUUCAAUUUGUGGUGAUAAAAUAAUAACUUAAGAUGAAUAAUGUGAUGAUGGUAAUUUUAUUAUUGGAGACGGAUGCCAUCUUUGUCAAUUUAAUUGUUAGGACUCUUGUCUUUAUUGUCUUUAAGGAAUCUGUUAUGAUUGUUAAGAAGGUUAUUAAUUAAUAUAAUCUAAAUGUUACUCUAUAUGUGGAGAUGGUCUUUAGAAAAAUAAUGAAUAAUGUGAUAUUAACUCUUCAUUACAGAUUUAUCAAAAUUGUUAAUCUUGUCAACUUACUUGCAAUUUAAAUUGCUUAUUGUGUUAACUUGGUAUAUGUUACCAAUGUAAGGACGGAUAUGAAUUAUCCUCAAACAAAAAAUAUUGCAUUAAGUCUCUAGAGUAUAGUUUUAUGAUAAUAGAAUACUGUCAUAUUUAAAUUGGAAACAGUUGCAUUUAAUGUGAAGAUUAUGUAUACUUUGAAAAUUUUGAGUAUAUGUGUAAUUUAAUAGUAGCACCAUAAAGUCUUUGUCAAUAAUAACUGAAAUUAUCACCAUAUCUUGAUUCAUUUACCAACACAUGUAUAAUUGAUUAUAACAUGAAUAAAUGCCCUAAAACUUGUAAAAAAUGUGUGCAUUACAAAUGUUUAGAAUGUGAAUUUGGAUAUUAUGGAAACUAGUGUAUGCCUAAAUGUGGAGAUGGUAUUAUUGUUUAGGAAGAGGAAUGUGAUGACAGAAGAGAAUAUGAAUUAGAUACUUGUUUAAAUUGUAAAUUCUAUUGUCCUCAAUAUUGUGAGUUCUGUGCUUAUGGAAUUUGUACUAAUUGCAUUUCAGGGUUCUAUUUGGAUAUUGUAAGUAAUUCAUGCAACUCUGUUUGUGGUGAUAAGAUACUAGCAAGCGAUGAAGCUUGUGAUGAUGGCAAUGAUUUGAAAUAUGAUGGUUGUUACUAGUGUAAAUAUUAAUGUCAAACGGAAUGUUUAGAUUGCUAAUUUGGAUAGUGUACAUUAUGUGAAUCCCCUUUAAUACUUAUACAAUCAAAAAGUAUUUGUGAAUAACUAGCAUCAUGUGAAGAUUUAAAAGGAUUGUAUUAUGAUAAUUAGAGUAAUGAUUGUUUUACUUAAUGUGGAGAUGGUAUUGUUGCAGGCAAUGAAUAUUGCGAUGAUAAGAAUGAUGUUCCUUAUGAUGGAUGUUAUGAAUGCAAAUUUUAAUGUACAUUAUAUUGUCAAAUAUGCAACUAAGGGGAAUGUUUUUAAUGCCAAAAUGACUAUACCUUAUAAAAUAACUAAUGUUCGUUCAAUAAAGAAAAUGAUGAUCUUAAUCUUAGCAAUACUGAAGAAACUUAAAAUAAUAAUGCAAGUAAUAAUAACAAUACAAGUUAUGGUUAAAAUCCUGAAUGGUUGUCAUUAAAUGAAAAUAUGUUAUGCAGAGGAUAUGAAUGUGUAUACUCUAAAAAACCUAGUAUGAAACUUACUUAUAAAACUUAAUCAUUUGCUCUAUAGUAUGUUGAUAUUACUUUUGAUUAAGAAGUCAAAUUUAGUGAUGAGGUUUAAAAAGACAAAAAUCUAUUUAACAUAAGCAUUAACGACUUAGAUUCUCAGUAUUAUAAUAUUAAAAUCAAUUCAAUUUAAGAUAUCUCAUUUGAUCUUUAACAUGCUUAGUAUUAGGUUUAAAUUGAAUUAUUUUUAGAGCUUUAAACAAAACCAGUUCUUUUAGUUUAGUUGAAUCAAGAAAUUAUUAAUGGAAAUAAUUAAUCACUCUUUAAUAGUAAUUAAUCAAUUACUCUAUAAACACCAAAAAUAAUGUCUGAAUAACUCAAAUAAGUAUCUAAUUAUGCCUAAUAAUCGAAUAAAGCAUUCAUGAUCGGAGCAAUAUCAAUAUGUGUAAUAUCUUUAGUUUCUGGUGAAAGUUCUUUUGUUGUUGAAACCUUGAAUUUAUUGUAAUAUCAAUCUUUUUUAAGAUUUAUUAAUGUUGAGUAUCCUGAAAACCUCUACAUAUAUUUUUAAGCAUAAGAAUUGCUAUCUAUAUCAUCUUAUUUAUAACUUUUUUAAUUUGAUGAUUAUUUAAAUUUAAUAACAAGAAAAGAAAAAUAAAUUGAUCUUAAUGGAAAAUUUUAAUAAUAUAAUGUAGAAGCUGAUCUUUUUACCAAUAUUUUACCCCAAUUAAUUUAAUUUUUAGUAUUGGUAACACUACUUUAUUUUGCAGAAAAUCUAUAUAAUAUACUUUUUAGAUUAAUUAAAUACUUGAGACAUCUUAAAAAUGAAAAAACAUCACAAUCUAAAAUUUUAUUUGUGAUGAUUAAUUUAAUACUGGUUUGCAAAAAUUGUUUCAAAUCUUUGAUGAAAACUAGAUAUUUAUAGAAUUAUGAUUAAAUAAUAUAACUCAUAUACGUUAACUCAUGGGAUUUGAUAUUUAAAGUGAUUUUAUAACUUCAUUAUAUUCAAAUAGACAAUUUGAGAAGCUUUUUAAGCACUUUCUCUGCUAGUCUAAUAAUUUUUGCUUGCAUAAGCAUACUAUUAAAAUCUUUUAGUUUAUGUAGUGAUCCACAGGAAAAAUAUUUUAUAGAAUAGCUAGACAUAAAAUUUAUAACUUUAGAUAUUUCCAGAACUCUCUUUUUCCAUGUCGUCUUAAUACUAUUCUAAGAAUAAUAAAUUUUGCAAUUCUUACUAAUAUCCUUGAGUAAUAUAGCUUAAUGUUAUAUAAUCUACCAAUAUAAAUAAUGCUCUUAUAUGAAUAGGAUUAUAUUCUUGACAACUGAAGGUGUUUUAACAGUAUUUAGUUUAAGUUAAUUUUUAUAUUUUGAUAUUGGUCAGCUUUAUAUUUCUUAUAAAAGCAAAAUUACCUUAGGAUUUAUUCAUAUGGGCUUUUUAAUUAUGAGUCUCGGAAUAGUUUGUGUAAAACAAUUAUUUCCAUUUGUCAAAAAUAUUUGGAAAUUAGUUUUUAAAGGAAAGAAAGUAAAGGUUGCAAGUAGUUAAUUAUUUUCUUGA